AUGUUGUUUCUUGCAGAGAAAAAGAAGACGCAGAACUGGUUCCAGAGACGGUUUUCUGGGCAAAUGAGUCAAGAUUAUGAUUCUAUCGUUGAAAUAGAGCAUGCAACCGCAGUGGCAGCUGCCGCAUUUGCAGUUAAAUCAAUCGAAGAAUCGGCAGUCUCUGAUAAGAAAAGGACAGGCGAUGAAACUAGUGACUCUUUGGUGAAGAUCAAGAGCAAAAAGGAAGAAACAACAAUUUCAAAGCCAGAACCUGGAAGACUUUCCAAACUAUUCUCAGGUGCAGGUUUAACAAAAAGUACUCAAGAAGAUCCAGAUAGUAAGGUGCCAAUAAGUACUUCCCCUACUUUUCCAAACGACAAGAUCCCGGGAAAGACCAUCCUUCCUGCUCCCUCUAUCAAACGAACUCCAACGUCUGAUGCCAUCCUUCCUGCUUCCUCUAUUAAACAAACUCCAACGUCUGAUGCCAUCCAUCCUGCCCCAUCAAUGAAAAAAACUCCAACUUCUGCUGAUAAGCCAUUGAACAGCACAAGCAGUAUAAAACCCGAAACUUCAGCACCAAAACUCAAUUUGCCCACCACUAUGAAACCUGCUGCACCUGCAAAUGAAACCAAAUGGCAGAGUGCAGCAACACCUGGAGUGGUAAAGACAAAAGCAGAUAAAUGGGAGGAGGCUGAGAUGGCUAAACUCAAAGAAAGGUAUGAGCAGCAAAAUGCUACAAUACUUUCCUGGGAGAACAAGAAGAAGAAGAAAAGCAAACUUCGGCUGGAGAAAACAGAGAGUGAAAUAGAGAGAAGAAGAGUAAAAGCGCUACAAAAGUACAACAAUGAGAUGGAAUAUAUCAAACAGAUUGCAGAAGGAGCAAGGGCACAGGCAGAGGAGAAGCGUAGGAAUAAGGAACUCAAGGUGAAAGAAAAGGCAAAUACACUAAGAAGAACAGGGGAAGAAGCUCCUACAACAUGUUGCUGCUUCUAA